AUGGGCAAUGCACCUACAACUCAAGUGACAACCUUAAGUGAGGAUCAAUUGAAUGAUGUUUUAAAAGAUUUACCUAUAUAUGGAAUAUAUGAAAAAAUUAAGGAGGAUAAAAAAGCUAAUAAUAAGCAUGAUAAACAUUGUGAAAAUAUAAAAUCUCAUAAUAGCCAAUGUGAUCAAUAUCUUAUUGCAUUUUGCAAAAAAUUUGCUUCUCGUUUGGAAAAUUUAUCUAAUUAUUUGAGUAAAGGACAAACACAUGCUGAUGCUUGUUCACAUUUAACCUACUUGACAUAUGGUGAAAUAAAAGAUAUAUUUGAUUCAUAUAAAUGUCCCUAUGAAAAAAAAUAUUUCAUCGAUAAAAUUAACGAAGCAAUAAUCCAUAUUAAUAAUAGUGUGUCAACUCAUAAAGUUUGUUAUAUUGACAUUAAUUAUGCAUUUGAAGAAUCGACACUUAAAAAACGUUUACACGAUUAUUUUAAAAAUUUUGAUACUAUUAGUGAAAAUAUUUCUAAAAAUAAUAAAUAUCAGUGUCAUUUAUUUUAUUUUGAUUACCUUAAAUAUAUAUCUACCAUAUAUGACAAAUUUAGAGAUGAUUGCUGUGUUUAUUAUGGACUUCAAAAUCAUUGUUCUUCAUAUUUCCAUUGUGAUGAUGCUUAUAGACCCCAAAAUUUGUUAUCUGAAUUAUAUAAAUAUUGUAUUCGUGAACCUUUACUUUUUAAUUUAAAAAAGGAUAUUAACAAAUCAGCUAAUGAUUUAAAAAAUUUACUUAAUUUGUUAAAAGAUGAAUCAUAUGAAGGUGUUCAUUUACAAACCAUUAAAAUAAGUACAGACCCUAAAAUUCCUGAUCUAUCAAGUGCAACAGAUUAUAAGUACAUUAGAUGUUACAAUAUAACACAUCCUGAUUACGACUCAGUUAAAAGGUGUUAUUCAGUAAAAACACCUAAGAAUGAAGAUUUUGAUAAAGUUUUUAAAUUUGUAAACCAAGAACAAUAUACCCCUGCGAAACCCAUAACGAAACGUAAAAAAUUAAAAGAUAAUAGGCUGUUAUUGCAAAGUAAUAAGCAAAUUGAAAUGCAAAAUGGUAGUAGUGAUGCAGUGACAACUGAUGUUAAUGCUAAAUUAAAUGAUAAUAAAAAUGUCGAAAAAGAAACUAAUAAUAAUUCUGAAAAUAAACCCCCUAAAAAAGAUGAAUUACAAACUUAUGGUAACGUUAAAAUGACAACUCAUAUUAGUUAUGAUAAUUCUUAUCAUUUAGAAGCAUAUAAUAUAUAUCAAUCAUUACCUAUGCGUAUCAUUAUAACGUCCAUUCUUGUGUUGGGUAUAAUUUUUUUAACUUUCUUUACUCCGUUUGGACCAUGGUUACGUAAGAGGUUGCACAAAGAAAGAGAAAUUAGGAAAAAAAAUCUAAAAAAUAAACAUCACACUCCAAAUAGAAAUAGAUCAAAAUUAAAAAAAGAAAACAUGCAGAAUACUAGAGUUCGUCUUUCUUAUACCCAGGAACAAUAA